CACCGACAAAUCACUACUGUUAGCUUAAAAACACCAUUUUGUUUUUUGUUUCAGAUUGAUCGUUUAGACGGGACAGUGGUCACCGCGAAAUGCGUUUUUCCAAACCUCGAUGUGUGUCGACGGCCAUAUUUCUGCUUUCCGUCGCCAUUGUUUAAUAAAAAAAUUUUUUUAUAUUGUUGAAACAUAAGUCUCAAUAAUCACACAAAAUUUCAUUUAAUUCUCACUACCCGUUUAGCAGGAAUAAAAUAUCAAAGUUAGGUCUGUUUUUCGAUCGUCUAGGUUGGUGUAACCCCUUAAGCCGGAAUCAUCGCAUGUGCAUGCAUUGCAAAUUUAUAUAAUUAAUCUCAAAGAAAUCAAUAAAAUAUUAUCUAAAUUAAUGAAAUUAACGCUGGUGGCUUUGCCACUUCCCGGUUUAUGCCACCGUCGUCUCGUAUACUUGAUACGUGAGUAUGACGUAUCCGGGCAUUAGUUCGUUCAGCAAAACUGUAAUAAAUACAGAAUAAUAUAUAUUUUGCCACUCUAUACGUAAAUAAAACGUAAUUGCGCUCGGUAUGGACAUUAUGAUCUGUUGAUCCUCGCGUCGGCGGUAUCGCUCUCGUUGAUCCAUUGCUCGACCACGGGGAACAUAACCCCACCUGUCAAAUUGACUGAGGGCGGGUUGCCUGGUUCGUAGGCGCUCGGCUCUCGUUCGCUCGCUUAAUCGGCGUAUCUUUCGCCGGUGCUCGGGACUAAGUGGUUCUAUCCGCUAUUUAAAUGAAAAUUAUUAUUUUUAUCGGUAGUUUGCUUUCAACUAUCGGUUUAACUUUAAGUAAGAACAUUUUUAUUAACGAUACAUAUCUUUAAAGGUUAUCUAUUUAAUAUUACAAACAAAUAAAGUAUUUGUGCUAUCUUUCGCAACAUAAUCGUAGAAUAACGUAAAAUAUGUUUCCUUGGGCUAACAUGAGUAUCUUAUUAUUAUCAAAACACGUAUAUAUUUGUAUUAUUAUUAACUUAAAAUUACGCGCGGCAUUUUUACUCUCAUGCAUAUUCAUUCGCGUCGCGUUUCGCGGAAUCGGCCUCGUUUCGAGUCGCUCGCGGUCGCGGUUCGUUUUUCCUGCCGGUCGCGUUACAUAAAUACACUUAACUCUAUAGUUCGACAAAUUGCGAUCCCUGAGGCAUGCUAUCUUCUUCAUCGGACGGGUCAUCGGCGAUGGUGGGUGGCUCGGUGACUGUGACUUUGUAUGUCAGCGCGUCCUUCGGCUCGCUCGGCGAUGUCGACGUCCGCUGUCGGUGGUCGGGUGACUCAUCUGAAGUGCUUGCUUUUGCGGUUCAAUUUCUUUGUUAUUUGGAUUGGCCGCUGACUGACAAUCUACUGCUGGUUCUACGCUGUAGAAGUUUACGUGACAGAGGUGCUUGCUUUUGCGGUUCAAUUUCUAUGUUAUUUGGAUUGGCCGCUGACUAUUUGACAAUCCACUGCUGGUUCUACGCUGUAGAAGUUUACGUGACAGGCAAAGCUCGCAUGGUGUACAGUGUCAGUAUUGCUUGGGAAGAGCCUACAGGAGGACAGUACCUAAAAGAUAUAACCUAAUUUAAAUUAAAUUGUAUUCGCGACACAUCGGGCCAUAUUCGCUAUAAACAAGUUUUGCCAAGUAUUAUAUUCACGUUAUAAUAAAAACAAAUUUAUAAUGUAAAA